UGUGUGUGUUAUUUACAUUGUGGUGUCGGGGCAGCAGCUCGCACGUGUUCGCUGCCUCUCGUCUUUGUCUCGCUCCGCAGCUCCACCGGUGCUGCUAUGGGCCCUGCCGACGGGGAGAGAGGAGCUGGCUGCAGCCUCUGCCGUUUCCACACAUUGCAGGAGGAGCCUCAGCCUAUUUCGUGCCCGUCUAAGGAGGCACAAUGACCGGAUUCCAGUAGCCGAUGCCCAGCGACGUCUGCCCACUUGGAAGAUGCUGGGAUGAUGCUUGAGUUUUGAGUCUUUCCAUUUGGGCGAUUAUCUUAUGGAUAAUGCAAAAAAGGGCUUUUAAAUGUCUUUAUGUUUCAACCUGAUUUGGAAACCCUCCAUCCCACCAGGAGAUCCAUGACCCGGUUUUUGUUGCACCGUUGUCAUCAUGUCCCCAGCAUCGGCUGCAACCGCCAGUGAAAGCAGCAUCACCAGCGUCCCCGAGGAGGAGCCGGACAGUCCGCCAGAGGAGCAGCGGCCCCAGAAGCAGUCCUUGACUAAAUCCUUGUGUCAGGAAACUCAUUGGAAAUGCCUGCUGCUGUCCCUGCUGAUGUACGGCUGCGUGGGGGUGAUGGCCUGGUGCCAGGUGACCAAGGUCACGCGCCUCUCCUUCGACAGCGCUUACAAGGGAAAGUCUAUGAUGUACCACGACAGUCCCUGCUCCAACGGCUACAUCUACAUCCCUUUGGCCUUCCUGGUCAUGCUCUACGUGGUCUACCUGGUGGAGUGUUGGCACUGCUACACCAGGAAUGAGCUACAGUACAAGGUGGAUGUUGACAGUGUGGCGGAGCGCAUCCAGCGAAUGCAGCAGGCCACACCCUGCAUCUGGUGGAAGGCCAUCAGCUACCACUAUAUCAGGAGGACGCGGCAGGUGACACGCUACCGUAAUGGAGAUGCCUACACCACUACGCAGGUCUACCAUGAGCGAGUCAACACCCACGUGGCUGAGGCGGAGUUUGAUUACGGGAACUGCGGGGUGAAGGACAUCGCCAAGAUCCUGUUGGGUCUGGAGGACUUCCCCAUCACCAGGCUGAGGUUCACUAAGUGCUUUAGCUUUGCCAAUGUGGAGUCAGAGAACUCUUACCUGACCCAGCGGGCCAGGUUCUUCACAGAGAAUGAGGGCCUGGAUGACUACAUGGAGGCACGCGAGGGGAUGCACCUGAAGAAUGUCGACUUUAAGGAGCAUAUGAUUGCCUUUUCUGACCCUAACAACCUUCCCUGGUACGCAGCCAACUCCUCUUUCUGGGUGGCAGCUGCUUUCACCCUCUCCUGGCCUCUGCGUGUGCUGACAGAGUACCACACCGCUUGUGUGCACUACCAUGUUGAAAAGCUGUUUGGCUUCGAUUACGUGCCAGUAACGCCGUCUGAGGAGCGGCCGAAUUGCAGACACAUUCCAAGGGUCAAUACCAUCGACAGCACGGAGUUGGAGUGGCACAUCCGCUCCAACCAGCAGCUGGUGCCCAGCUACUCGGAGGCUGUUCUCAUGGAUCUGGCUCAGCUCUCAGGGAGCUGCAACAACUACUCCGUAUGUGGAGGCUAUGGUAGCUACAGGCAGAACUGUGAACGCUGCCACCGUACCAUCAGCAGCUCCUCCAUCUUCUCUCGCAGCGCCCUCAGCAUCUGCAACACCGGGAGCCCCCGCAUCCCCUUCAGCGCCAGCCGCUUCUCUUUGGGUCGGUUGUACGGCUCCAGGCGGAGCUGCCCGUGGAGGAGCAGCGGGAGCCUGAACGAGCGCUCCUGCCCCACAGAGAGCACGCACUGUUUGUCAGGUCAGCAGGCGAGUGAGGAGAACCCUCCGGCCUAUCAGGACGCUCUGUGCUUCCCAGUGCUCAUUGUGCACCGCAACGAAGGAUGCCUCAACCACGACCACCGCUCCCUGCACAGAAACGGCUCUUGUGUGGAGACUUCUCUAUGACCCGCAGCCGCCAGACUUAUCUGAGCAUGGGAUACAUUGAUACAGGAACAGAGUGAGGGAACUCUGAACACCAGGGCUUGGAUAACAUUAACUUCUGCUUCUCCCUUUUACAACAGAGGUAACUGAGUCACCUACAAUUUACUACAAUCAAGGAUUUGUUCAAGUUUCUGAAGAUACUGUAGUCCGGAAACAGGAUAUCUGGGAAUCCCCUUAAAGUACAGUCAAAAAGUCAGGGAAAAAGUUGACGCUAUCGAUGAGAGACUGUUGUUUAAAUACAAUGCGGCUUUAAAGGACCAAAUUGCCAAAAUGUCACGUACUGUCCUACAGCGUCCAUAAGGACAAGAGUCAAAUAACCAAGGAAUACCAAGGGGAGUCCCGUCCUACUAAAUGCCAUAUUUGUAGAUCUUAGUCACAGACAGGACACUUUCUAAUUUGUUUUUGCCUGAUAUAGGUUUUGACUCAGCGUUGACCUUAGACAUUGCCAAGAAAUGAAAGGGAUACAAUAAUAAAUGGAUGUCUCAGUGAGAAAAGAAGAAAUAUUGAGGAAAAUCAUUGACUCACACAUUAUGUGAGUCAUGGGAUUUGGGUGAAUUAUGAGAGAAAUUGCAAAGAUAUCAGCCUCCAUGUCAAAUCAUAAUU